AUGUCAAUUUCGGUAAGGUUCCAUUUGGCUUUUUAAUUUUCAGUCUGAAGAGUACGACUGGCUAUCACAUGCUUUUAAAAAGUUGACGAAAAAGUAUUACAAGUACAACGUGGAUACGCCAUAGAGCAUGUGUUUGAUAGUUUUUUAUAAGUCAUCUCCUGCGCGUAUUUUUAUAUGGACUACUUUCACACCCUGAUAUGAAUUAUCUUAGCUGUAAUCUUACGACGUUUUGCGUUCAAGUCGUUAGAUAUGUCUGCCUGCGUCCGAAUUGCGUGACGUGCAUUUGCGUAGAAGACAAAGCAAUUGCAGAAGGCUUAAGUUAAACUCUCUUAACAUUAAUAUUUAAUGUGAAACUGCACUGCCGACUGUGGAAACAAAUUGCCAGGUAUAAUGCAAUUGCGCUGACAUGUGUGUUUUUUACCACGCAGUAUGAGUUGAGAAUAAGGCUUCUUCUGGUUUGUAAGAAGCUUUUUUAAUUUGCCGUAUCGUCAGUGUCCCCUGCCAGCACCAGACCCCUCUGCCCCCCUCAUAGCCGCGCCUCAUGAGGGGGCCGAUGGCGAUCGCUAUCUCGGGAAAUGUGAGGAAGAAAUACAAACUAGGCUGUUUGCGGAACAAUACACGGUAAAAAUAGGCAUUAGAAAGUAAGGCAAUAAUUUGGACUGUGGAACCUGAGUGUGAUAUUCAGAAUCGCUUGUUUGCAUUAGUUUCGGAGUCGAUUCUGCAACCAUCUACACUAUUGAAAGCCUUCUGCUUACGAAACCUGCGUCCUGUAACCCCUUUCUUCUUUUGGCAGAAGUUAGCAUCCUCUCUUCAUUUUAGCUCUUGACCGCAUAUUUUGCGUCAAUUAAAUAAAUAGAUUUUUGAGGACACAGACGAUACAGACCAUGUAAGGUGUGGCUAGAAAAUGUCGUCAGAUUUCAAAGUGGUGAAAUGGCCGUGGUUGUAUCUACGUUAUAGCGUAACACGAUCAAAGUGAUUUAUAUGCACAAAUGUACCAGCGAUGGAUGCCAGUAGGCGAAAAAUGCUCACUAGUUAGGUCUUUUCGAGUUACAUAGCUUUUAAAAAUUUUCCUUGAACUUCCUUCCAUGUUCUUCUCGUGGUGAUGUUUCUUUCCUUAAUGGCUUAGUCAUUUAUCAAGCACUUUUGGCCUCCUGCGAUUAUUUCAUUCUGUACCAUGUUCAUGUAAACUUUUGUAUCUUGCAGAUUAAGAGAAUUGUUGACCCAUUUCUUAGAAUACCCGCCUAAUAUAUUACAGAGAUUCUUACUUAAUGACAGCAAUAAGGUAUCGAAGUAGAUUGGUCUUUAUUUCCCCUAAAGAGGACCUGUGUUUCUAUACGUAUCUUUAAUUUCUAUAGACCGACGAAUUUCAACAAACCCUGCGACAGCUUCCAGGCCUUCCCGAAGUGCGAUUGUUUGUGAAGGCUGCGUUCUACAAUCGGGAUCAACCUGCUGCUGAUGUUCUUGGCCAGCAAUGGCUCAUGGUGUUUCAUUUUAUGUCGGAGCAAAAUCUUAUCAAGCUAGAACUUGUGCCAGUGAGUUUCGAUAAUGAGCCCGAGGAUUACAAAUACCUGCACGCCUCAAGACGCCUUCCGGCUGUACUUCUUCCUGACUUCCAACUAGCUGCUUCAACCACCGACGAACUAGAAUCUCUUUUGCGCAAGUUUCAACACCCCGACAUGAAACUUCCCUUUGAAUCGGAGGACGUGGCGACUGCUGAGCUUGCCUUUCUUGAUAUUUACAAGAGCAUGUUCAAUUUUGCCCGCAAUGGCAUGGAACGACCUUUGCUGAAUGCUCUCCAACGUCUGGAGGACUACUUACAAAAACGGAACACUCGCUUUCUUUUGGGCGACACGCUCUCAUUUGCGGACUGUGUACUGAUGCCUCGACUACAACACCUGCGUGUUGUUUUGCGCGCCAUCAAGAACUGGGACAUUCCUGUUACGUUUCCAAACGUUUGGAACUAUGUAAAGGCAAUGUAUGAGGACCCCACGUUUACUGCUUGCUGCCCUCUAGAUCGAGACAUUCUGAUGCACUACAAGGAAAAUAAGGCACUUCAGAUUCCGAUGCUCGCCAAAAAUGCCAUGGGAGAAGCGCUCCGUUCAUGUCCAUCUGGGUUAAAGGCUUGAUAAAUAUAUUGCGUUUGACAUCCUGCAUUGUGUAUCAGAUUUAUUUCAAACAUAUUGUAUUUUAACUUCAAUUUCUAUCAGAUUCAGCCUUCAACCAAUUCACGCCUUCGCAUUACACUUCUGUACAUCAUAUUUUUAAUAUCUGUAAGAGCGCCGUUGCGUUCCAGGUUUGUUCUACUCGCAUAUCACUAUCAUAAGACAAACAGCUUUCGUGUCCGUUGUGAGAACGCCAAACAGCCAAUCAAUCAAGAUGGAUACUUCUGUUUCAAAUUCCGCUUUGUAUAGAACUAAUGUUUAAAGCUCUAUCAGAAUUUUUCACAGAAAUAAUAAAGCGAAAUUCAUUCAUUUAUCUCUUUUCGACUACCAUUUCACUAGCUGUCGACCUUCGGGAGUGUAUGGAAUGUUACAGCCGUUUAGCUGACCUUUAUUAACCAAAGGCGCCGUCUCUAAUUUUGAUAAUGAGAUUGUAGUUUGAAGUCAGACAAUGAAAAGGGCCCACUAAGUAAGUGGGGAAGUGUAUCACGAAAAGCCGAGAAGAUCGACAACUCUGUGUGGUAUUGCUUGAAGACAAGGACAUUCUUGGGCGGCAUAAAAUCAAAGUUAUCUGUCGGAGACGGAAUAAUUCGAGCUGAUUGCAGCAUGCAGCAUGCACAUCCCGAUUCAGUUUUCCAAGAUAAUAGCCAGCAGACAGUCACAUGUAGACUAGGGUAGAGACGAGAAAGUUGCAAAUGAUUGGAACGAGUGUAGGAAGAUCUCUCUUCAAUUGUUGGUUUCCUGACCACUUCGGAAGAACAACGAUUCAUCUUCCUGGUCGGAAAUAUGAGGUCGAACCCGGCAACACUGUGUCCUGGUGAUUUACCCCACAAGGACAGGCUGCUGCGCCUUAUCCUGCUAUCGGAUAUGCGUUCUGAAUGAGCGUAUUCAGUAAAAAAGAACUAUAUGGCACUAGCAGGAGUUCUCAGGCUAUCUUUACUAUCCGCGUGUUCGUCUCAGGUAACUUCUGAUUAAGGAAACCUACACUGUUUAUCGUUAUUUACAACGAGGCAGUCUCUUGUGGCAUCCGCGUCCCGUCUUCUUACCCUCAUUGGAACAAAGUCCGGACGAGGAACAAUACGUAAAAGACAAGGGAACUGGGGUGGUCAGUUCUGUCCUAUUAACCGCCCUUAGCUAACAGUAUCUGAUCUGAGAUGCGGGCCCGAAUUCUGUGGUCGAGUGCCAGGCUAUUCGUGUUUAUGGUUGGGCAUGGUUAACUGAUGACGGCUAAUAAGUCGAAAACGGCCACUCCAGUACCCUUUGUAUUUCUCGGCAUCCCUUCCUGCAUCAAUACUAGUCUCUAUGCGACUGCCUGCGGGGGUUCUAGAUUGUGUCCCAAGGCCCACCAAGGUGAGCAUGUCCCGCAGUUUCAUCGGCGAAUGCGCUUUCAACGACAGCCAAGAGAAAUUGGGGUGUGCAUUAGUGCAGCAGAAAAUUGCCGGUCCAGUCCUCAACUAACUCCACAUCAGGUACCACAUAAUUAAGAGUACUAAAGGGUCUAGUAAGGAGUCCUUGCAGACUGGCGUUCAGUCCUAGGCAGGAACGCGCAGUCCAAGUCCCGUUGGCAAUUUUCCAUUCAAUUACUGUCGUACUAAUUUCUAAGCACCUUUGAUUGUUUACAAUGGGAAGCUUAAUGCUCGUUCCGGGACGGGGCGGUGUCAAUGUCUCUCCCAUUCCCCAUACCAGCGAUGGCAGAUGCGACUCAAGCCGAGUGGUGGUAAGACUAGACGAAGUAAUUUAGGUGUCAUUUGCAGCAUCUGUGUGACAUGAAGUCUUCGCCCACCGCAUGCCACCUCCCAACGUCUACACAUUGUGCGUCGUUUGCCAGUGUCGAUUAUGGCGCACUCCACGGUGGGGUUUAUCAUGGUUACGCGAAGCAAUUGGUGGAUUUCUGGUUGUCAGUAAACGCGUCAGCGAAUCGUAAGACUCUAGGUUACGGCCCUUAUGCUACUGACUACCAUCCUUCUCUGGGAUGAGCGUUGAGCGUCUAUUCCGGUGAAGGUCUUAGCCCUAGAAGUGGACAUUUAUGGCUUCCGUGGUGAUGACGGCAUUCAGACUGUUAGACAAGUCAAGUAACUAAACACAUCCGGUUCAGCAAAUUAUGAUCAAACAUAAUCUUGACUUUGAAAAGACAGUCUCCUUAGAUGUCUGCUGUCUUCGUUAAUGCGCCUUAAUAAUGAUUAAAUUAGUGGACUCCGCCCUAUCGUUGUGUCCACUUUCCGUCAAGUAGCUGAAAAGAAGGCGCCGCAAUGGCCUUUGAGUGUGAUUCAUGAGCUGGUACCUUGUCCGAGGCUGUCGCUCUAACCGGUAGUUAGCCAAACUCCCUCACAAAUUCGAUCGGAGGUGAUUUCACACUUUAAUACACUUUUAGAUCAGAGUGGAGAACUAUAUCGCAGUGGCCACCACAGCCCAUGUGUCAGAGGUUGGGCUGCAUUUUACGAAUAGAUUAACUUGCCGGUACACUCACAGAGCACUGUUGUGUUUUUGAUCCGAGAUUUAGAAAGCAAAGCUACCUUGGCCCAGUUUCCAGCGACAGAAAAUGCACCUAAUUGUUGCCCGAUCAUUCAUGACAGGUUUGUGAAUCAACCUUAUCAUCGAAAAAACCAAUCCUGUGCAUCUCUUUUUUGCGACCUCCAACUCACAAAAGAAAGUUCUGUCUGCCUAAAUCGACUAAAGGAAAAGUUACCGACAGAGCAAAUAUAUUUCCCGACUUAUCCUUUUAACAUGUGAAAAUUUAACUUCCGGGCAGCACAGACAACGGCGUUAAAGUGUGGAGCUCAUGGAAACAUUAAUCCCUAGAUUGAGUAACACUCUGCUUCGUGGUAGAGGGGCACUUGCCGAUCGUUUUUUUACGGAACUCAUUCGUCUCCUGCCAUGUAAUAUAAGCAGAGGACAUCCUGUCACUUAGAAGGAAGUGCACCGAUUUGGGCAGAAUAGCGUUACCGAUAAAGAUAAGGAAGACUGCAAUGGCCAUUUCUGGCUUAUUAGCUGUCUUCAGCCAGGAAUACCCUGCCUCAAAGUGUGGAAGACUUGCGUCUCACUACCGCGACCUGUUGGUUAUGACUGGGCAUGGCUGGCUGACGACGGCUAAGAAGCCAGAAACGGCCACUCCAGUCUCCCUCGUCUUUAUCGAUUAUGCCACUAUCCUUCGUGUCUAUGCGUGGUGUCAUCCUGUUUUUGGUGAGUUGCUUGACAAGUCUUUCUAUUGGCGAGGGGGAGAGCAGUCGAUUUAACGUCAGUACGAGUCUGCCUUACUGGAACGACUGGAUGUUUUGUUCUGGUGGUCGUCGCCUUUGCAGUGGCCAGCUGACCCACCAACUUCGACGCGUCUGUGUCUCCUGAAUUUGUUGGUACUUUCAGCGCAAUGCAAGUGAGCGAUGCCGCUGCCCCCCCGGCAUAAAGCUUCCAACAUCUCAUUUUCUACCUAAAGACGGAGGCAACACAUUUUAAGCCAGUCUAGUUAGAUGACACGUGCGGAUACUUGAUCUUGGAGGUCAUAAAACUGGCGACAAAAGCCGCACAGCUACUGACUCAAUGCCCGUGCUGCAGAAGGCAUUAGGGCGAAUAAUUGAGUUAAUGGGACCACAUAUCACUGCCGGAAUCGUCUACUGGUUUUCGAUAGAUUCGCAAACAGAGGCUCAACUGGGGAGAGGCUCUUAAAACAUACAAUUAACUAUUCAAGACAGACAAGAGGGUCGCAUUUGAAGACGCGCGCCAGUAAGUGGUCUCGAUUGGUGAUUUUCAAAUAAACCAUCCGACCACAGUUAAGGUGUGUUUCACCACUCAAAGGCUGACGGCAGUAAGUCAGUUUUAAGACUACCAGACGGAUCCAACUGAUGCGAGCUGCCGAGGUAGCGCAUUUCCUCCGACCAAAGACUUCGUGGACCUGUGUUUCUGGGGCCGGCUGUGUUUUUAUACGACAAAAGCAUGCUAUCCUUUUGGAAAAAUGGCUGGGGAUUGUACCGUGUUCGGGCAUUCGGCAGGUUAUGACGUAACCGCAGUGUGGAUGUAGCCUGUGAGCAGGGCCGAUGGCCACUUGGCAGGACAAAUGCAAGAAGUGCAAUGCUUUGACAUCGGUGCAAUCAACCACGCAGUUCCGCAAGCAGAUGGCCUUCCUUGCCUGGUGAAGGCCGAGCAAGACAUGGUCACCCUCUGGGUCGCUGAUUUUAGCAGCAGCAGCAGCAGCAGCAGCAGCAGCAGCAGCAGCAGCAGCAGCAGCAGCAGCAGCAGCAGCAGCAGCAGCAGCAGCAGCAGCAGCAGCAGCAGCAGCAGCAGCAGCAGAAGAAGGAGGAAUGCCACAAGCCAAAAAUCAUUUUAGCUCCAUGGCUAACUCUGUCAGUGAGAAUUAGUGUGAGGGGUUCCGUGACGUGCAUGCGCUUCACAGAAGGACUGUGUACAGGACGAUGA